CACAUGCAAACCUAUUUUACUUGAGUCUAGAUAUCGUAAUAGUAAGGAAUAGAUUCCAGUACUGUGUACUGAACGUGAGCAAGAUGCUCAUUUACCUAAAAUCAUCAGCCGCUGUGGCACUCGUUCUUGUAUCCACAGCCCUUCUACCCACAACUCGUGCUGGUGGUCUUGGUGGUGUUGCCGCGGGCGACUCAAACUGUGUGAGCAGAAUAAUUAAUUUCGAGAAUGCCGAGGAUACCCUCGAUUGCAGUAAUGCUGAUAACAAAAAGAUACCGAGCUCGUACGGAGAUGAGAUUGGAAUCACAUUUCGAAUCACAGAUCACGAGCACGGAAGUCUCACGCUUGAUGGUGAAACCCUCCGCCCACAAUUUGAGCGAAGUGGCAGUCAAAAAGGAGACGGUCAAAGCGGCUUUUGGGGAAACGCAAAAGGUUCUCAUGAUUCACUUGUGGAUAGUGCCGAAUCCAUGGACAAGUAUUUCUUGAGAACAUAUGCACUAGGUAGUGAUGCCCUCAAUAAUGUGUUUGGUUACGUCCCUAGUCUAUUUAUUAGCUACACGGGUGAUGGUACAACAUCGGCUAGCGGUGAGAUAUAUGACAUUGACGGUAAUGGGUAUGCUGAGGGCCACGAUUCCGCUCGACUUGAAGAAUGGACUAUGAUCGCAUACGAUUCAGAUAUGAGAGAGCUUGGUCGCGUAGUUUCACCACGUGGAACCGUUGAAACAAUCAGAAGCCAACAUUCCACCAGAGUAGACGCCAUGGGCAACUCUCUAAGAAUAGAUAAGUCAGGUCAAGUGUCGUACGAUUCUACCAACUGGUACUGGGCCAUCAACGCCAACAAUGCUGUUAUGUUCCCAGAGUGGCCGAAUUGUGGUAGCACAAAGUGUGCAGUCAACUACAUUGAGAUCAGAUACACCGGUGUAUACCCAGCUGACAGGCCCUCAUCCGUGGCUUUGGCUUUUGACAAUUUUGCUGCAUUUGCUUGUCUUGAGCACGAGCUUGAAAUGCCCGAGCCCGAGGAAUGGAGUGAGUGGAGUAAGUGGGACUCAUGCGAUGUACAGGAUCUCGAGCGCUGUGGGCAAGAAGGCUAUCAGCGCAGCACACGAACCAAGAACUUGGCUGACAAUGAAGCGGCUGAGGAGUUGCAAAGCCGCAAGUGCGGCAACUGGGAGCCUUGUCCCCCAUGCGGUCACGGCGAGUUCGGAGAAUGGUCCGAAUGUGAGUUUGAAACUUGUGGUUCGCUUGGUAUCAAGACCCGCACCAAAGUUUCACUUCCCAUAACGAACUACUGUAUUCCCCCCGCUCCCAUCACUGAAGAGGGUACAUGUCAGGCCAGCACCUGCUGCCACUUGCCCAUCGACUUCGAAGACGCCAUCAAGGACAACUCACCGGUGGCGAUUGACCGAUAUUUGCAGGACAAAUACAUCAGCUUCCGCUCCAUCACAACCGACUGUGAUGUCUCCGAUAAAGCAGGUAUUGAUAGCGGUGCAUGCGAUGUGAUAGCGCCAGGUGGCGCAGUCAGCCAGCCUCAGUUCGAGGCUUCGGCUCUGCAAGGCAAUGACGGACGUUCUGGCUUCGUUGGCAGUGCAUCCAAAGGCCGCGAUGCGGUUGUAGAUGCGUCUGUACCGCUGGACAACUGGUUCUUGCGCACAUACGACCUGGGCAGUAAAACUUGGGACACGCAGGUUGGUUUCGUACCCACACUCCUCAUAUCAUACAACACCUACACACUUGCUGCCUCCGGACACAUCUACGACAUCGAUGGCAGUUCGUGGGACUCGUCCAAGUCGAGCACCCGCCAGGAACAAUGGCGCAUUACAGCCUGGGGUUACAAGGACGGUGAAUACGUCGCGCUCAAGACCAUUGACUCACCCCGAGGCAACAGUAACGCACUACGCUCAUACCACGCAACGGCAAAGGAUGCAGUAGGCAACCCACUGCGCAUGAAAGUCAGAGGCGGUCGCGAGAUUGUCUCAUACGACUCCGCCAACUGGGAGUGGAAGUUUAACGCGGCAACGGAUGAGGCUUGGCCCCAGUGCGAGGGAGACGUACCAUGUGCAGUGAGUGACAUCACCAUCGCAUUCAUCGGACAGUUUCCUGAAGGCAGACCCACCUCUGUAGGCCUGGCAUUCGAUAACUUCGAUGCCUUCGGCUGCAGCGAUCCCGAGGCACCCACUCCACCGGAGCCUCCGGUGCCCUGUCAGAUGAUUGAGUUCACCAACGGCACAGAGUGUAGCACAACCGCAUGCGGCACAGAAGGCACAUACACCGACGCCCGCGAGUUGAUCCGCGAGAACAACUGCUUCGCCCCUCACAAUGUUCAGCUCACACGCCAGGGCAGCAUCUGCCUCAACGAUCCCUGCGAGUGCACGUACACCGAGUUCGACGAAGGGGUGUGCAGUGUCAACAAGGAUGAGGACGGCUGUGGUGCUAUCGGUGUAUAUAUCAAAUACCGCGAGGUCAAGUACCCCGGAAGCUGCCCCUACUUGGAGGACGAGACUGUGCCUGGUGCAGAGAUGGAGCUCAGACGCAAGGAGAAGCUCGAGCAGAUCACUACCGAUGCAUGCAGUGCCGAGCUAUGCCCGUGCGAUAUAAUGCCAUUCGAAGGCGAAUUCGAGUGCAGCGUGGUCGAGUGCGGCCUGACUGGCAGCUUGACUCGCACCACAGGCUAUGAGAAGAACACGAGCUGCCUGGCAAACGAUACCUUGUACGAGGAGUACCACGGAGUUCCCCCAGUGUUUGUCGAGGUUUCCCUUGAGACCUGCUUCACGCCCUGCAACUGCACGGCGGGUGAGUGGUCUGACCCUGUGUGCAGCACCGAAGAGACUACCUGCGGCAGUGUGGGUGUGUGGUAUCAGACUCGCCUAGCGAAUCCGGAUGAUGAGGAUUGUAUUGAGGACCAUGUAUCUACCUACAGAGAGGUGGAAAACAUGGAUGAAGUGGCCGAGUACAACGAGAAGUACGGUAGCUGUAGCGCUGCUCCCUGCUGCAAGCUGACCGAGUACUCUGAGCCAGAAUGCAGCGCCACGGAAUGCGGAAUUACCAGCAACCCAAACAAGGGCACGCUCACGUCUACGCGCAAAAUCGACACGUCGGUUGAGGGAUGCAUCAACGGUGACAACAUCAACGCAGAGAUCGAGUUCACGCAGACCCACGGCGAGUGUACCGCCCCGACAUGCGACUGUGUGCCCAGUGAAUGGUCCAAUUGGGUGUGCUCAGCGGACGAGCUUGACUGUGGCAACACAGGCACUACCAGCCGCCAGCGUACCUACACCAACAUUGACGAGUGCAAAAUGCCUGAGGGUGCCCUAGCCAAAUACAUCGCAAUUGGCGAGGACAACCGAGCCGAAGAGACUGUCCCUGGACCUGCAUGUGCCACCGCUGACUGCUGUGCCUACUCUCCAUGGGUAGAGACUUGCGAGGCAGCUACUUGCGGCGAACCUGGACGUCUGGUCAAGAGACGUACCUUUGACCAAGGAGGCAAUAAUGACUGUGCUAUCCCUGAUAACGUUGAAGAGGAAUUGGUCGAGACUGGCGGUUCAUGUGACCUGCGCAUGGGUGACUGGACUGCCUGGUCCGAGUGCGAGUGCGGGCAAGAGAGCGAGCGAUUUGCCUGCUACGACCCCGAGGCUUUGGGAGGCCGACGACGCCAGUCGGAGGGUGGUCUACAGCCAUUCCCUGAGAGCAGACAGACACGCAUGUGCUGCGAAUGCACUGUAGGCACAUGGAGUGAGUUGGCGGAGGUUAGUGCGUGCGACCAAGUCAAAGCCAGUGACUCGGAGAGUUCUACUCUGGUGAUCGCAUGCUCGCGCGCAGAUGAUACAUCCGUCACCUUCACCGUAGGUGCCGAGUCAAGCACCACUGUGACAGAGCAGCCUCCAGCUAAUGCCCAGGAAACCCUAGCCGAGCUCGAUGAGCUGCUGUCGAGCCCAGAUUUGACUGUUGAGGAACGCGAGCAAGCGGAAGCUCAGCGCAACACAUUGAGGGCUGGAGUCCAGUGCUCGACCAAAUGCAGCGACCUGGGCACCCAGGAGUGUACCGAAGAUGGCCUGGCCCCUAUCAACUACGCUCGCGAACGUGGUGUCGUUGAUAUCGUUGGUGAACCGCAAUGCCCUGCGCUCAAGGAAGCGUGCCUGUGCCCAUGUGAAGCUACUGGCGACGACAAUACAGCCCUUAUUGCUGGCUUGGCUUCGGCCGGUGCUGCGGUGCUUCUCGCAGCCGCAGGAGCUGUCAUGUACUUCACAAACAGUGCAGGUGCCGCUCAAGCGACUGCCAACAGCGGAGACAUGUUUAACGACCUGCAGAACCAGCACAACCCCAUGUUCGAGAACCCUACAAAUGUCUUCUACAACGAGAACUACGCUCCCGGCGUCGCCCAGGCUUGAACUGUUACCAUUGGAACGUGAACUACCGGUGUUAGUUCAUACCCAUCAUAUAUAAUAAGGAGAAAAUAAGGAGAACGGGGAUACAUAAUAAGAACGAGGAUAUAAGGAUGGUGUGGCGGUGCACUUGCUACUACUAGUAUGGACCCUGUGGGCUCACCUUGUAGCGGCAUGCAUUCUCAUGCAUACCUGAAUGGUAUACAUUCACACAUUCACACAAGAUAUAUGGAUACGUACGCCUGUAAUACACACUUACGCAACCAUCGUGUGGAUAUUGCCCGAAAGUGCAUCGGUGAGAAAAGGAAUUUGCCCCGCUCAGUGUUUCUGUGAAACACUCAGCAAGGUAGACCUGGCCUCCCGCUGAACGUAACCAUGCUUGUAAAAUAGAGAAUAUAACAAAACAAUCAUUACUUGGAUAAUGCGCAUUUGACUUUGUACUUACUCCACAGUAUAC